AUGACUUCCAAGAUGUUAUUCACGAGAAGACGCUGUACCACGUUCCUAUCUAGUCUGCUUAUAUCCUUCUUUCUUGUCCGCGUGUUGAGGCAACUUCAGUAUGGCCACUUAAGAAGUGUAACGUGGCCGGCCCAAAACCUCGAUUUCGACGAUAGCUAUGUCAAUGAAGACACUAUCGACACCGUGUUCCGUCAAAGCCGGUCAGCAUACUGUUCGGCCGAGUCGCCAUCUCAGCUGAUGUGUUUCCAUAACCAGAAAAGCGACAGAACCAUCGACUCAUUCUGCAUCGGGGAACACGGGGUGCUGGGCACGAAGGGCAAGUUCGAACUAUCGUGUGAUAGGAUUAAGCCAUAUACUAUCGAGACAAAUGACACGGCCCAAACACUGGACAAAAUCAAGUCUUACUGGUACGAUACUGGGCCACGCGUCAUAUUCGACCGGUAUGUCAAACUUGCAUUACCCUCCCCGCCGGAACCAAAUAGUCAGGAGGAUAGCGAAUCUGCACCGUCAUCCCCGACCAACGCAAGCCAUUAUUUAAUACUUCUGAAUCGCGAGGGGACAGAUAACCCCUGGCACUGCUUGAUGGAGAUCAUGGCCCUCAGCAUGACGAUCGACGUGCUGCAGAUGAUACGAAAGCGGGACUCGGCUGACGCACCCAAUACGCAAGUCAUCGUCCUCGACGGCAAAGAACAUGGGCCCUUUUUCGACCUCUGGAGCCUCUUCGCCCAAAAGCCCACCAUCCGGUUGGCCGACGUACCCGUCGGCACCGACAUGGGCACACUCGUCAUCCCCCUGGCGGGGGCCAGCAACCCGCCUGCUGGGACCUUUUCGCGGCGCGUGCUACGCAAUCUCCAUGUCUGGGACGCCGACAAGGAGCAGGAAAAAGACAAGAUCGUCGUGACCUUCAUCGGCCGUAAGGCGGGGCUCAGGCUGAUGGACCAGGAAAAGCUCGUGGCCGCACUGGAGAGACAGUAUGCGGACUCGCCCGUGCGCCUUGAGGUCAACCUCGUCGACUUAGCGGUUGUACCCUUCGCCCAGCAGGUGCAACUAGUGCACGACUCGGACGUGCUGGCCGGCGUCCACGGCGCCGGUCUCACCCACAGCCUCUGGCUGCGCGAGCUCUCUGCUGUUGUCGAGAUUCUGCCUGAGGGCUUCAUGCACAAGGGAUUCCGCAACCUCGCCGGUGCCCUCGGCCAUGACUACUUCAGCGCUCACGGAAACGUUCCGGCUACUGGUACUGAUACUGAUGGUGGCGGUGGUGGUCGCGAACAGCGGGCGAAAGAGGAUUGGCAUAACGAAAAUGUAUCCCUAGAUGAGGCGCGCUUUUUUGAAUUAAUGGACAUUGCUAUUAAGAGCAGGUUUAAUUCGGGACUUCAUAACUUUGAUAUAAACUAG